AUGAAUGAAAAAUUACAAAAAACAGUAAACAAGGUCAGGGAUUUUACCGAAAAAAAUAACGUUUUUCGUCAUUUUCGAGUUUUGAAUGUCUUAACGAACGAUAAAAAGCAAAGAAUUUCAUCACCUGUUGCUUCUGUGUUUCGUCAAAUCGAUAAAUCGAUCAAGGUCAUUUCACGCAAAUUUAAUAAAAAAUUUCGCGAUUUUCACGAAAAACUCAAUGUCUCCGCCAAUUGUUCACACGAAAUCGGUCCCAUCAAGGGAGCCAAGAAGAAAACUUGCUUCGGCGACGAAUAUUUUUCCUUCCAAAAGAUCCCGUAUGCCGAGCCGCCUGUCAAUAAUCGUCGUUUUCGUGCUCCCGUGCCGCAUGAACCGUGGAAAGAGACGCUAGAUUGCACCGCCGAAGGUCCCGUCGCCUACAGCUGGAACAAUUACGUGCAUUCCGUCGUUGGAAACGAAAAUUGUUUGCACCUGAACGUCUUUACGCGAAAUGUCAACCCCAAACAACUGCUUCCCGUGAUGGUUUACAUCCAUGGCGGCGCUUUUAUGCGCGGUUCGAGCUCAAUUCUCAUCUAUGGACCCGAUUAUUUGCUGCAAAAAAAUAUCGUUUUCGCAUCGUUCAACUAUCGUCUCGGCGCUUUGGGCUUUUUAAGUGUUCCCGAAGACGAAAAUUUAAAUAUUCCCGGCAACGCAGGCCUGAAAGAUCAGAAUUUGGCGUUGAAAUGGAUCAAAGAGAACAUUCGGGAGUUCGGAGGAAACCCGGAUAACAUCACGUUGUUUGGAGAAAGUGCCGGCGCUGCUUCCGUUCAUUAUCAUAUGAUGAGCCGACAGUCGGAAAAGUUAUUUUCGAGGGCGAUUUUGAUGUCGGGAUGCGUUUAUAACAACUGGGCUGUCGUACCGGAGCGACAAUGGGCAAAAAGACUCGCGGAAAAACUGGGCGCCGAUGAAGAAACUCUAAAAAUGGACAAAAAAAUUGUUGAAUUUUUGGAAAAAAUCGACGCCGACAAGAUUAUCAUCGCGCAAGAGCGAAUUUUGAGUGAAGAAGAGAAGCGGGAUCAGUUUAUGGCGGCAUUUGGACCCGUAAUUGAGCCAUAUGAGACUGAAAAUUCGUUCAUUACGCAAGACGUAGUCAAAGCAGGAGCUUCGGCAUGGGGAAAUGACAUCCCAAUACUUAUUGGAGGCUGUUCGAACGAAGGUCUUUUAUGGUAUAACGAGCUAAAAAACGAAGUUUUCGAGAAAAAUAAGACUUUGGAGCAUUUUGUGCCGCUUGAAUUGAGAUUCGACAAUGAUUGGAAGCGACAUGCUGUUGCAUUAAAAGACUUUUACUUCAAAAAUAAGGAAGUUUCGAUGGAAAAUAAGGACAUUUAUGUCACCCUUCUUGGCGAUCGAAAUUUCUGGCAUGGAUUCCAUCGCGCUCUUUUAGCACGUCGCAAAUAUGCCGCAAAUGCCCCAACAUUCCUCUAUCGCUUCGAUAUCGUCUCUCCCACGCUUAAUCAUCACAAAGCCAUGUUCGCGGAAGAGUCCGCUGAGGGUGCUUGUCAUGCCGAUGACAAGUCAUAUCUCUUUAAAACCGCCAUGGGACGAGUUCCCGAGCCGAAGUCCAAAGAAUAUCAAGCGAUGCAGAAAAUGGUCUCACUUUUUACGAAAUUUGCCGUUAAUGGGGAUCCAAAUGGUGACGAUGCGGGAGUAAAAAAUUGGAAAAGUAUCACGGAAACGACGGGAGGCGAUGUCAUGGAGUGCCUUAAUAUGACGAUAAAUGGCUUUGAGGUAAUGCCGCUGCCCGAAAGUGAAAGAAUGAAAAUUUGGGAUGAGAUUUAUGGAGAUUUUAGUAACUUUUAAACGCUUUUUUAAUCAACUUUUAACGUGAUAUCGCACAAUUUAAUGCAAAGUUAAGCAAUAAAACUACAAAAGCAGUGAUGCAUCCGCAAAUCUAAUCUAUAAAACAGAAAUUGGCACAAAUUUUCCGUUGUUAAGCUCAAGUAUUGUCCCACCUUUUCUCUUCAAAUAUACUCGAUUGCCUGUUCGGUAAAUCGCCAUCUUCUUAUCUGCUCCACAAUUUUCAUCAAAAUUUCCCGUGCAAGGCUUGUUACAAAGACUAUCCUUCAAUUUUGGGUAUUUGACAGUGUCUCGCAAACCAUUUCCACACCAACAUUCU